AUGCUCCAUAUAACUGCCAUAGCAGCACUGGCUCUCUUGCCUGCCGUACAAGGAGCGCCCGCUACCUCAUCCUCUUCGAACGGAGUACACAAGCGCUGCGGCACCGUCUCGCAAUACUACAACCAACAAGCCACGGACUGGGAUACCUACAAGACCGGUGACUGGCUAGACAGCUGGUGGAACAGCAACACUGCUCUCAUGAGCAAGAACACCGCCGGUUUCGCCGGUGCUUUUGGUCAAUGGGCAAUAGGCAAUCCCGACUGGACCUGCCGUGAUGAUGGUUCCAGCUCAGACUGUGAUCUGAAUCUUUGUGAUAACCGGGUCUUGAAUGAUCGUGGCAAAGAUAUUCGGCCAACGUACUACGUGCUUGAAUCGGUAAACCGACUGCACUCGUACUUUACUGGCGUAGGCCAAGCAUUUUCCACUGCGGCGUUGGGUGCUGCAUUGUCCAAGGAUCAGUGGGCGACUACCUUUUACAAGGACAAGGAUGACAAGGAUGCUACCGUUCUGAAGGAGGUUCUCAACGCCGUGGUGACCAUCAUCGGUAUUGGUGCUUCCUUUGCAGGUCUUGGAGGAGGCCCGGUCGUCGGUGCAUUCGCCGGUGCUGGCGCUGCACUAGCAGGUGGUGCCAACGCUGCUGCGGGUAUUGUCCUCGGUGCCCAUAAGGACGACACCUUCCAAAAGUCCGCUGAUCUAGGUAGUAUCCUGGGCACGAUCGUCGUCGACUCCCUCAAAUCCUUCACGACAGCCAACAAUGAGCUAAUGGCCGGUAAAUCCUACGGCAACGCCGAUAUCCGCAGCUAUAUCUCCCACGGUGCCUUCCUCGACUUUCCAGGCGUUGACAAAAACGCUGUCACCGACUCCAUGACCAGCAUGCUCGUCGGCACAGCCGUAAACACGCUCUACCGCAAACAAAAGAUCUUCAUCAUGGGCGGCGGCGCCUGCAACGAUAACCAGGGCAUCGGCUCGGGGCCGCAGGAAGCAGUCGUUUGCCGUGACGGGAAGGCCUGGUACUUGUACUAUUGGCAGGAGAAUGAUGUUAUCUCGACGACCUCGCAUCAAUGGGGGUGGGUUGCUAGUCCCCCCGGCGCGGACAAGCUGGGCUCGGAUGAGUACAGCGGUGUCUCGGUGCAGGAUAUUAUCAACUCCUCGCUUGAUGCGUACAAUGUUGCUGGAUACAAUUACAAUGCUGAUACGGCGAAGGCCCGUGCCGAGGACGCCAUUUCCAAUGCGUGGGCCAGUCCUGGUGCGAAGGGCGCUGCUUGGGAGGGUGUUUUUACCAUACCGGUUUGUGAUAUCGGUGCUGCUAUCAACGCGGACUAUCAGGAUAAGCAGUAUAUCUUGCAGCCGUAUGGUCAUGAUAGUCGGCCUGUUUGGUGUGGGCCGAUUUGUGGCGGUGAUUUGCAGAAGACCAAGGAUUUUAUUCAUGCCGCUAAUAUGGAUGGGUUUAAAAGCCCGAAGCAUCUGUGCAAUUCGGCUCCUGGAUAUUGA